AUGUCGGUCCCCAAGCCGUUGUCGGCCCUCCGGGGUCGCUGCUCUACCAUUCAUGACAAUUCUCUUUACGUCUUCUCCCCCGAUGCCUUUCAAUCAAUACAACUUCGUCAGAAUGCCACUUGGGUACAGAUGCCCAAUGGCACUGCGGUCGCCGGCGCGGCCUGUGCCAAAGUCUCCUCCGGUGGUAACGCAACCGAUACAGCACUUUUCGUCAUUGGGGGCGAAGCCACAGACAACACAUACCGCGGACUUCAAAGAUUCACCUUCUCCAGCAAGUCCUGGGAAACGCUCCCUGUCGUGGCAGAUGUGCUGCAAGGACGGACAACUCAUGGCGUGGCCUACUUGAGCGAUUCUCAGUCAAUCUUGAUCUAUGCUGGCUCGCAACCAGUCGCCCCUUCUGUUUAUUCAUCUCAAACCUUUUUGCUGUCAACAAAGCCGCCGUACAAUAUCGAAUCCUAUACCUCGGAAGCUCCGCCGCUGGCUGACCCGAUCAUACAGCCCUGGAACAGUAGCCACGCCGUGAUGGUUGGUGGCUCGGCGUCCAACACAGAUGUCUGGACUUUUGGACCCGUUGAGGGCUGGCAACGAUACCAGACGGACUUGUCCAAACCAUUGGAUCCCGCGGAUCGAGCGGUUGUAUUGGACGGUAAUGAUGGUAGCAAGGUCAUGAAUAUCCUUGACCUGCAAGCAUCACCUAAUACUGUUACUGGAGUUGUGCUGCAAAAAGCAGAUGGCACUCCGGCCACCACCGGACAAACUGUUGGUGGUAGUGUCGUGCGCUCAAAGAAGAGCAAGCGUGAUCUGACUUUGAGUAACUGGCCCGUGUACAACAGCACCAACGCUCCAACAGUGACGCGGGACGACAGCUCCAUUGCCCGAGACACCCAAUCGGGCCUGAUAGCUAUCGCAGGCGGAAGUACCAUCUUGCCAGUAGCUCUGUUCGAUCCGAACCAGAACAGCUGGCUCAACGCAUCCACGUUUUUCAACGCCAAGAACCAGCAGCCGCUCAUUCCGACAUCAACCAGCACGACAUCUGUAUCAGCGACCGCGACACCAACGGCCUCCGCGUCAUCGCCUGUUGCUCUGCCCGGAAGUGGUGACAAUUCGGGCCACUCGGAAACACUCAGUACGGUGGGCAUUGUUCUGGGCACGAUCUUCGCCUUUGCUGCGCUCUUCAUCCUGAUUCUUAUGUUCUUGCGCUGGCGCAGGCAGCAGGCGCUGAAGAACAAGGGCGCGGUUGACGAGAAAGCGAGUGCAGGCUUCCCAAACGAUAGCGAGCGAGGGUUCCCACCUGCAAUGAUAGAAGGCGCUGCUGCCAAUAGGGGACUAGUUCCACCAAACACAGAUGGAUUCAGAACGAAUCAUGAUUCAUUCGCAAUUAUAGCCAAUAAAUUCACCCCACCGCGGACAGCUGGCACUCAUCAAACAAAAGACAGCUUUGACAGCACUGCCCGGUUGGUCAAGCCUAGAGAUGAGAUGACCACUGGCGAACCUUUGGAGAUGACGGCCUUGCCCGGCCGGUCGCCCGUUGCUGGGUCGAACCUGGCGGUUCCUGGAGCCGGCCUGGACAAUGGGGCUCGGGCAGGAAAGACGCGCAGCACCGGAUGGUCGAGGUAUUUUGCAACAAGCGAGGCGGCCAAAAGCAAUCCUUUGUCGCACAUUCCUUCCGUGUACAUCAAGUCUCACAAUGACGAGAACGCGGGCGAGGGCCUUCAAUCCAAUCGCACAUCUCAAUUAUCUCGCAUACCCUCCUCUUCGAUCAUGGCACCGCUAGAUCUUGAUUUCGCUCGGGACGGAGACGGUCAACGACUGUCACAUGUUGCCUAUAGUUCGCCGUCAUUCGCCGACUCUCGAGAAGACCUCGCAAAGCUGGGCAGAUCGAUAGACCUGGAGCGAGGCCAAAAAGCGUCCAUUGUUAACCCGACGAGGAAAUCACACAGUCAAAGUUUUAGUUCUUAUGGAGAUCGGUCAACUCUAAGCAGCACCAUGACCAGCGACUGGUACACAACCUCGGCGCACUCGGCUUGGUCACCAACCAGAUCUUCAUUUAAAGAUCAUUUGAAUGAUCGGCCUGGCAGCAGCAGCACCCACGCGAAUAGCGUCUAUAGUAUUAGCGAUCGGCCUAGGCCUUCUCAAUCGCGCGGAAAGUCACCAGGCUUCUUUCCUGGUACUGGGACGUCCUAUCGGCCUCCUCGAUCGUCACACAAGGUCAAGAUGAGCCACGCAGCAGGUCCCACAUCUGCAUGGGCUUCACAUGACAUCAACCAUGAUGCACCAUUGCCUCCGCCGCCUGUUGCGAAGGCCGAAGAUCGUGCCAUCACCGCAAAGGAUGCUACAGGUUCAGAUGCCGCACCCUUUCAGCAGCACCAGCCAUCAAAAUCUGUUGCAUCAGACAUGAGCUGGGUGAAUCUUGAUCUCAACAAGCCAAACGCUUAA